AGAACCUCAUCUGUUAGAGCGGUUAUUAUUAAUUAUAAGAGUGUUUAAACUAAAAUUAAUCUCUGAAAACAAAUAAGUAUUUAUUAUCGCCCCUCAACACUAGUCUUUUAUCUUUAACUAUCAGAAUAAAUCAGCUUAAAAUUUAAGUUUGGGCUUUUUUUUCUUAUGAUAUAUUCAUCCAAACACUAAAUUACAAAAAAGUCUCAGUUUCUACCUGACGUGAGCACCAAUGACAGAUUACAAAGUUUUUACCAAGGGAAUGCCAUUCAUCCGUAUCCUGAAAGUAAUCCCUGCUGACAUCGCAUUAACGUUGAUGUAACAGAGUAACACAAACACACCGACAUCAUUCGAAGACAGGUGGAGGAUAUAAAUAAGCACGAGAUCCAUUGAGCCGAGACGAGCCGAGCUCCUGGGGUCCCUCAGGAAACUCCCAGCGUUCCCUCCUGUACGUCAUCAACAUCCCUGUUGCCUAGCGCCUUCUACAUCACUCACCUGCUCUACACCUUUAAAAUAAUAGACUUUAGACCUUUUAAAUUAAAUUGUUUCCAUAUUAUAAUAUAAUAAGAUAUUUAUAUGAGCAUUCUUUAUUCGUUUUUUGGGAAAAAUUACGACCUUUAGACUCAUUUUAUGCUUCAUUUAUGUAUAAAAAUCACUCAUAUUCUCAUUAAAAUGUAUAAAUGAGUGGUUAACGUCACAUAUCAGGCAAAAUUAUUAACGGGAUCACAAAUAACGACACAACAAUGCUGUCAGAAUAAUUAGCUCUUUGAAUCGAUUUCAUGUCCCAGAGCUCUCCCGGUCCUCUCAAGCCAGUCAAUAUGUCCUAACCAAAACUACCCUGUGGGCAGGAGGGGGGGAGGAACCGGCUGUGGGUUAAUGUGAGAAACUGGUACACAGUGAUGGAAACAGUCAGGAGGGGAGGAGGCGGUGAUGAGUCUAUAAAACGAAGAGGGAGGGAUGGAGAGGGUGAGACUAAAACAAAAUAUUUGCCACAGCUCCAUCCAUCGCUGCACCUAAAACCAGGAGCGCGACCACGAAGACGGACAUGGACACGACUCCCUCUGAGAAACUGGUGCUGGAAUUUAUUAAAGACACGGCUCUGACGGAGAUGAUGCGUCGUCGCGUGUCCUCCCUCCAGAAGACCGGACAGAAGCGUCAGGACGGCGAACGCCUGCUCCUCCCGCAUGAAGCCGUGUACCGCCUGGACUUCUCCGUCCAGGAGCUGAACUUCUCCCGCUGGUACUUCUCGCUCUCGGGCCACGGCCGGGUCACCGUCACGGGCAUCUCCCAGCACUGGACCCCCGACCUCACCAACCUGAUGACCCGCCAGCUGCUGGAGCCCAUCGGGACGUUCUGGCGGAACGCCGGGGACCCGGAGGACUCGCCGCUGAAGUGGCUGGAGGCGGACAUGCAGGAGUUCGGGGAAAGGAUUGCGGAGCUGGCCAAAGUGAGGAAGGUCAUGUACUUCCUGCUCGCCUUCAAAGACGGAGCAGAGGCUGCAAAUCUCAGCUGCUCCAUCGAGUUCAUCCCAGAGAAAUGAUCGAUAACUCUCAGCCAGUAGAACCCUCGUCCAAACACUAGGAACGCAUUUAAAUGUUUGUUUUUUCUCACCAUCAACAUGUUCUCCACACGUCUACGUUAUCUGUACUCAUAGUCCCAAGAAAGCUAAAUUUAAUCCAUAAGUAUUUAUAAAAAAGUUUAAUUAGUUAUUUAAUAAAAGAACAAAUGCAAAACAAAAAACAAUAAAGCAAAUAUUUUAAUAGUAACUCGUUUUACGUUUCUCAUGGUGUUAAUAUUGUAAAUUUUUUUGAAAUCAAAACCUUUUGGAGGUAAAACAACAGUCAAAUCAAUUCUUUAGUCCAGUGGUCCCCAAACUACGGCCCGCGGGCCGGAUCUGGCCCGCCUCCCCCAUUUGGUCCGGCCCCAGAACAAUA